UUUCGUUCUACGAAGCGGAAGUGAACGACCGUGUUCUCAAUAGAAGUGUUUGACUGCUUCUCUUGGAGUCGUUCGAUUAUUUAAAUCACUCCAUACGACAUUUAAAGCAAACUGCAGACAGAUUGAGACGGAAGAUGGCCAGUCAUCCUCAAGAGAGCUCAUUACAAGCUGUCGAUGUCAACAGAUCAGACCCUGAAAACGAAACUUUAGAUGUUACCAAGUGUAUUUCUGCCAGCAACCCAGUUAAACAAGUAACUACGGUCAGUGAUACCAGAAAACAAAAUGCAGACAAAAUGGAAUCCUUGGAUGUGACUGAGUCACAGGGAGGCCAAUCUUUAACAGAACAACUUGUUAAAGCGCUAGUCCCACCAGCUUCUUUCAAUAAUGAAUCUUUCUUGAACAAGAAAGACUUGAUGGAUCGUAUCAAAGGCACCAUUUAUGGAAAUUGUAUUGGAGAUGCGAUAGGACUUUUAACAGAAUUUAUGACAAAAUCUGAAGCUGCACAGAUUUACAGUAAGAAAAGCAUUGUACAGAGAGUAAAGAGACUUUUCAGUGCAGAUCAAGACAAGGUACAUUUGGAAUAUGAUAUGAAAUUCAACGAUGGUCAUCGGUGGAAAUGGGACACUGGAGACUGGACAGAUGACUCAGAUCAAAUGAUUUUGAUUUUGCAGUCUUUGUUGGACAAUGAUGGAAAGAUGGUUCCUGUUGAUUUUGGCAAAAAAAUGAAAUUUUGGAGCAGAAGAGGUUUUCCAGAGCUAGGUGAUAUUGGUGGAAUGGGAAUCGGCAGCACCACUCGUAAUGUUCUGCAUCAUCCUGACUUUCUUACUGAUCCACACAAGGCAGCCGAGUACGUCUGGGAAUCUUCAGGUCGCUUUCUUGCUCCAAACGGAGGUGUCAUGCGCACUUCAAUUCUAGGAGUUCAUAACUUUGGCGACAUAGAUGCAGUGAUAAAGAACACUAAGGCAGCAUGUAAAGUCACCCAUGCAGACCCAAGAUGCAUUGCAUCUUGUGUUGCCGUGACAACAGCCAUUGCAAUGAUGUUGCAGGGAAAGCAUUUUGUGGAGGAGUCUGGAAGCUAUGAUGCUGAGGCAUUGAUUAAGGAAGCUUUUGGUUAUGCCUGUGCCACACUUGAAACUGACGAGCAGAAAGAGGGUUUGGAGGAACACAUGUUUGCUAAGUCAUUGAAAGAUCUACAGCUUGACGAACGCGGUAAAAUAGGUUACACGUACAAAUGUUUAGGCGCCGGGAUUUGGUCCUUGAGGCAGGAUGAUUUUCGUGCCGCUAUCGAAGCUGUGGCAUAUGAGGCCGGAGAUGCGGACACAAAUGGCGCAGUAGCCGGAGCGCUGUUAGGCUGCAAACUGGGUGCCAGUAAACUGCCAGAGUCUUGGCUCAAUGAAUUGCUACAUAAAAAGUGGCUAGAUGAGAAGAUUGAGAAGUUCUUGGCUCUACUUGGUCUUACUGAAUGAAGAAUGAAAACCCGCUCCUUAUUUACUGUGACAAUAUAUAUUGUUGUGAGGUAAAAUUGGAAGUUGCUAUUUUGAGAUUUUUCCAGUUGAGCCUUUUGUUUUGUUAAGCCUUGCCUUUUGCGCCUACGUGUUGUUUUGAUAGAUUUAUAACUUUGAUCUUUUAUUUUUAUGGUAUGCUUGAACUUGGCUCAGUUUGCGGAUUUCCUUUAAACCGUGCUAGACAUUCUAAUCGCUUGUUAUGGUUGAGGAUAAUAAGUUUCCUAGAUGGUCAUGUUUGGGUUGGUAAAACUGACCUUGAGGUUUUUACCCAUACAGAAGAUCCUGUUUGCGCGCGCGAUUCUCGUGCGCAGCUCGAUCAUUGGCGUUUAAUUGGUUCCUUAGUGCUCGCCAAGUACUUCGGAGCAAGCCACCCAA